AUGGCAUUUCCGAAGACCUUGGCAGGGAAGGUGAUCGCGAUCGUCGGUGCCGGUUCCGGGAUUGGCCUGGCUUUCGCUAAGUUGGCAGCCGGCCACGGCGCCCAAUUAUCUCUGGCCGAUGUGAGUCUGGAAGGGUUGGAAAGAGCUACAACGAGUAUUCAGCAGCAGAAUCCUGAAGUCAAACCCUUGACCACGCAGGUGGACGUCUGCAAAGUUGAAGAUGUGGAGCGCUGGGUGCAGCAGACAGUAUCAACCUUUGGAGGACUUGACGGUGCAGUCAACUGCGCCGGGAUUCUCCAGUAUGCAAGCAUUUCCAGCACGUCGCUCGCUGUUUGGUCCCGCGUUCUCGACGUGAAUUUGACCGGGACCUUUCUCUGCAUGAAAACACAGCUCGAAGUCAUCAGGGAUGGAGGUAGCAUUGUUAACCUUGCGAGUAUUGCAGGCCUGCAGGGCCACACAUUAACGGCAGCCUACACGGCCAGCAAGCACGGUGUGGUGGGGAUCUCGAAAGUCGCAGCAUACGAGGUUGGGCAUCGAAAUAUCAGAGUGAAUGCUCUCUGUCCUGGCGUUCUCGACACUCCAAUGACAGAAGGCUAUCCAUUUCCGAUGGCGGCUGCUGCAAUCAAGAGAAAAGGUACACCUGAAGAGGUCGCCCAUGUUAUUCGCUACCUUUUGAGUGACGAGAGUCGAUACGUCACAGCCAGCGCCCUCACUAUUGAUGGCGGCUUCCAUUAA